AUGUAUCCCUACAUCAAAAAAAUAAUCAACCUCACUCAACUUUGCAUCUCAAAGUACGGAUUUAAACAUCAGUGCACUGACCAUAGCACCUAUUCACCUAACAAGUUCCUGGAAAAUAAGACGGCUCAUCUUCGCGACUAUGCAAAAUCCCUUCUGUUAAGCCAUAUCAGUGGUGGUCAACCAGUUCAGCUCGACAAUGAAGAAGAAGGAUUCAACAAACUACUAUCGGUCAUGGAGCUAUUGAAGGAAGGCCGGAUCCAAACUGCCAUCGCUGACAUCACCCCAUACUGGACCACAGCAGACUGCGACACCAUUCUACAACAUGGCAUCGCAACUCAUGUGAAACAACGAGAGCUACCAGAAAAGGGACUUCAAGCAUUAGUCAAACGUUUUGCGUGCCUUGUUCGCUCAGGCAUUCAUCAGAGAUUCGGCGCGAUUGACCUUGCACAAGAUUCGAUUCCCAAUGUGCGUACAGUGCAUCAUACCGAGGUCGAUCCUGCAAGACCUAUAUGGGACGAUGCUCUAUAUGACCCAGUUGCAUUGAUCAUGAACCUUUACCCCAUGAAAUCAAUAAUUGUCUAA